AUGAAGACUGUUAGAUUCACAUAUUUUCUUGCUUUCUUCAGCUACAUUAAAGGUCAAACUCUUCAGAGAAGUUUACUAGAUGCAGCCAUGCAGCACUCUAAUAGCCAGAAUUAUCUGGAGGAGAACUUAAGAGACAUCAUUAGCAUUAUGGUUGCUCAGUUUCUUCAGAAAUCCACUUAUGAAGAAGUACAAACCAUAGUUGAAGAGUUACUAGAUUUUGCAGAGAAAUGCAAGAGCCUCAAGCUACAUGAGUCACCUCUAGAAUGCUCUUACCAGUUGAUGACCACCUUCUUAGAGCAUAUAUGUAAUAACCAAGGAAUGGUUGACAAACAUGUAUUUUCUGACUGUUGCAAUGUAAAUAACACAGCAAGACACAAGUGCUUCCUAUUAAAUAAAAAAGAUGAUGAUAAUUACAGGGAAAUAUUGCAAAUUCCAAAUCUUGAGCAGAUCUGUGAGGUGAACAAAGGGAAUCAAGUGUUAGUGAAGAAGAGGUAUAUUUAUGAAACUUCUAGAAAGCAUCCAUUCUUGUAUGGACCCACUAUUCUGACCAUGUCUGCUUGCUAUGAAACAGCUGUUCAGUCAUGUUGCCAAGAAGAAAAUAAAACUGAAUGCUUCCAGAUAAAGCUACAACCCAUCAGAAAAUACAUGAGAGAAAUAUCUUUGAGGCAUCACCAUUUAUGUGAAAUUGGGACUAAAUUCAACCACAAAGUAGCCAAAGCAGUGGAAUUGGUUCUGUUGACUAAAAAACAACCUAAAGCUAACUUUUCUGAAAUUGCCAAACUGGCUGCUGAUAUUAAAAAUCUUCAUCAGACCUGUUGUGAAGGAAAUGCAGUAGCAUGUGUAUUUGGCAGGAGCCAGCUUAUGAACUAUACCUGCUCUAAACAGGCUCUCCUAUCCAGCAAGAUCACUCCAUGCUGUGCACUGCCAGUGCCAUUCAGAGGGGAAUGCAUUAUCAACUCUGAAAAUGACAAUAAACCUCAUCUCUCAUCCCUGCCACUCAGCAGGUUUACGGAAGAUCGAUUUGUAUGCAAACAAUUCACUGACAAGCAGGAUGAUUUUCUACAAGAGUUUCUUUAUGAAUAUUCAAGAAGACAUCCAGAGUUGGCAGUUCCAGUGAUUUUAAGAGUGGAUUCAGUGUAUCAAAAGUUAUUGGAAAAAUGCUGUAAAUUAGAAAAUCCUCUGGAAUGCUAUAGCCAUGGGAAAGAAAUGUUCCAACGAGUGGUUCAUGAAAGCCACGAGCACGUUAAAAAUCAUUGUGAUUUACAUGAGAAAUUAGGAGAUAGUAACUUCCAUGACAGGCUCCUGGUCCAUUAUACUAAGAAAGCCCCACAACUAUCUGCUCAAGAGUUGGUUAUGUUCACAAAGAACAUGGCAGCUGCCGCCACCAAAUGUUGCCCUCUGAGUGAUGAACAGCAGUUUGUCUGCAUGGAGGACGCGGCUAAGCUAAUUCUUGGAGCUUUAUGCAGAAGACAUGAGACACAGCCUAUCAAUGCCGGUGUGGGUCACUGUUGUGAUGAUUCUUAUGCCUUCAGAAAGCUAUGCUUUGAUGAUCUGCACAUUGAUGGAACCUAUAUUUCUCCACUUUUAUCCUGUGACCAAAUCAUCAGCCUUAAAGAGGACUUGUGCAAAGCUCAAGAGGAGGAAAUACAAAUUGAAAAGCAAAAGCUCCUCAGCAACCUUGUGAAACAGAGACCAUAUGCAACAGAGAUGCAGUUCCAACCAAUUAUUGUGGAUUUUACUCAGCUGGUGAAAAUGUGCUGCCAAGCAGAAAAACGUGAAACAUGUUUCCAAGAAGAGGAGUCCAAACUGAUAGAAAAGUGCCGGUCUCUCUUGGGAGGCUAA